GUUCAGAAUUGAGCCAGGAACAUUGGCGAGCUACGUAUUGUUGCUGGACGUACAGACCUGCGGCGAUCCCCUAUUCGCAUGAGAGCUUACUAGUACUGCAGCGUUGCUCCUUGCGACUAGCCUCUUCCUGCACGUCCUGAGGCCUCUUGCGCUCAGGAACGCGGCCGAGACAUGAGUGGCAAAUGCCUCUUCUGCGCAAAUUAGCCCCUACGCUCGCGAGGCAUUUUCGCUCCGACGGCGGUCAGGCAGCUGGGAUAGCGAAACCCGCUCCGCUCUCAACCUAUACGGACAUCCGGAUGAGUGGAUCGUUCUUUUGAGGACAGGAGCACUCCCUUGUCUCCUGCGUGGCUCCGCUCGAUUCUCGCCGCCCCUUUCUACCACCAUUCACCCAUCUCCCCUCCCCUCUCCCUGGCUCUACGAUGCGGACAAUGGCUCGACUGUAUUCGCUUCUCCUGCUGCUCAUCGUGGCAGUGGCAAUGGGUGUUUCUGCUCAUCAUCAUAGUAAAGAUCAACCGAAGAGGGUCUCGCUGGUCCUGACGACGGGCGACAUCGAGCAGGACGGCGUCACCAAGCCCGACUCGGUCCUCGUCAACGGUACCUCGCCCGGGCCCCCACUGCGCUUCGUGGCUGGCGACACCGUGCUGAUCAAUGUGACCAAUGCCAUGACGGACAAGAAUGCUACUAUUCAUUGGCACGGCCUCUCUCAGCGCAUGACACCCGCCAGCGAUGGCACGCCUCUCAUCUCCCAGUGGCCCAUCGCACCCGGAAGAUGGUUCGAGUACGAGAUGAAGCUGACGAAGGAGGAUAUUGGAACCACGUUCUACCACUCGCACGUCGGCUUGCAGAUCCAAACAGCCCAAGGUCCGUUCAUCGUCGAGGAUCCACACUCGCCACUGGAGUACGACGAUGAAAGAAUUGUUAUGUUCAACGACUAUCACCACGAGAGCCAAUCGAACAUCGAAAAGGGUCUGUUGGCUGAUACCUUUGUGUGGCCCGGCACCGCCAACGCACUUCUCAUCAAUGGACUCGCCUACAAUGCCACCAGUGGUCCCGCUACGAUUGAUGUCGACUACGACCAGACUUAUCUUUUACGCUACAUCGGGGGGCAGUCCCUCAUGUAUACGACAAUUGCUAUCCUGAACCACACCCAGAAGCUCGUUGAGGCGGACGGCACCUACCUCAAGCCAUACAGACUCGACGCCGUCGAGAUUGCCUCUGGCCAGCGAUAUAGCACCCUUAUCAAGACAAAGAGCAAGGAAGAGAUCGACGAGGACAAAAUCAACGGAUGCUACUGGAUCAGGAUGGAGUCGCAGUGGCGAUCGCCUGCCAUCAAUGGCUGGGCUCUCCUCAGGUAUCCAGGCUGCCAGAACAACGUCGACCAGAAGCAGCUGCAGCCGCCGCAGACGAACAACAGCAUUGCUAUUCUGCCGAAGGGACAAUUCGGGUGGCUCAGCUCCCAAUUUGAGCCGCUGCCCGGCUAUAGACACGGUUACAUAUACCCAAGCGACGAUGAGGUGACAAGAAGAGUCAUCAUCGAUACUCGCCAGGUCCUCUAUGGACCGACAAAGAAGGGUAAUAGGUGGCAGGAGGACAAUUAUAUUUACUCUGAGGAGGACACGACGCAGGUGCCCUACCUGAUCGAGCUGUACAAAAAUACAAAAGACAGACCUUCAUAUCAACGAGCAGUUAAUCCACCUCCUGGCGUCGACGUUGGUUACGACAACGUGACACAAACAUGGGUUGCCAAACCUGGCGAAGUCAUCGACAUUGUCCUGGUCAACCGGCCCUCGCAGGGCGGGCACAACGUCGAGACUCACCCGUUCCACUUCCACUCAGCGAAGCACUGGCAUGUCGCCUCGGGCAUGGGCAAUUUCACAGACGCCGCUCUCUCCCAAGCUCGAGAGGGCGGAAACUACUCCAAUCCGAUCCCUCGCGACACGACCAACGUCUGGCCAGGCCCAGGAGCGUCCAUCACAAACCAGACGCUGCCCGAUGACGGUGCAGGCGGUUGGUCCCUGCUGAGGUACAGGGUCCGCGAGCACGAGUCGGGUGCGUGGCCCUUGCAUUGCCACUGGGCUUUCCACCUCGUCAUGGGCAUGAGCACCACCUGGGUCCUUGGCCCCGACGAGCUCGACACCAAGCUCGACUACCUGGGCGACUCGUCGUACUCUUACUUUAACCAGAAUGUUCCCUCCCCUCACACAAAGGCGCACAGCGGCGCCUCUUGACCUUCUUUACCCACGAACAGUAUCUACUCUAGUCGGUGUUGGUAAUUGCACCAGACAUUGCCCACUUCGCUCAUGUGGAGUGUCACUGCGUUUGACCAUCGUCAAAAUCGCGAAUGUUGUUGUAAAGAGCAAUUGAAUGGCCACCUUGGCGAUGGUG